CAUGUAAAAUUCAAUUGCCAACAAAACAAUGAGCUGUCAUAUUUUUUUAUUUGUUUAUUAAAAUCGUAAAAAACAUAUGCACUCAUAUUAAACCCUAUAAAAUUAAUAAUCAUUAAAUAUUUUUUAUUACCAUAAUAUAAAUAAUAUCAAAUAUAUAUUUUCGAAAUUAAAACACUGCAAUAAACAUUAAAUAAAAAUACACCUUGUAUGUCAAGUGUCAACCUUGAAUAAUACUUGAAGGCUGUUCCAGUUGAUUUGACAGCACACUGGCAAUAUAACAAUAAACAAAGUACAACAAUAACAAUUAUUAAUAGACAUUGAGUUUAUAAAUGCCAAAUGGAAGAAAAGCUAAAAGCAUAUCGUCUAAAAAAACGUCAAGAAAAAAUUAUGACAAAUAUCAAAGACUCAAUACAAAAUGUUUUUGUUGAAAGAAAUACAAGUUUACAGGAUACUGAUGAUCUAGAGAGUAUUAAUUCUGAAGAAAGUACAGAUAUUCCAUUACCUGAAGAAUCAUCACUAGCUCUUAAAUUAUUAUAUCUGUUACUUUGGAUAACAGUUUAUUUGAUAGCUUUACAAGUAGAAUUUGGAGCUGUUUAUUUUAUAAUAUCAGCAUUAUUUUUUAUAUGGAUUAAUACAAGAUCAGAAAAGAAAAAAAAAGGUGAAAUAAGUGCUUAUUCUGUUUUUAAUCCAAAUUGUGAAGCUAUACAAGGUACAAUUAAUAUUGAACAGCUAGAAAAACAAAUGGGCUAUGGAGUUACACAUUCAUCAUUGUUGUAA